CCCUUCCUUUCCCUGCCGGCCCCUCUCCCCUCGCCUUUGUUCUUCCUUUCGGCCGCUGCCAGCAGCGCGGCCGCCGCAGCCGCCCCCGGCCCGGACUCCUCGCAGCCCCCGCGCCCCCCGGCCAGGCGGACUCUUUUUUUUUAAAUUAUUUUUAUUUUUUUUGGUGGGGGUGGAUGGCAACUUUUGCUCGGAGUUUGGCCCCCCUCUUCUCCCCUCCCCCCGGGCCGCCCGGUGCCGCCGCGCCUCGCCUCGGCUUUGGGCCACGAGCACCGGCCGCAGUUGGAGCAAAGUUGGCACGAGGCGACCACCUUUCCCUCCCCACCCCUUAAGCUCUCCUUUCUGCGCUCCUGAGACGGGCCGAGCCGGGCCGAACCGGACCGGCCUCGGUCCCUCUGCGCGCCGCUCCCCUUCUCGUUUUUCUCGGGCAGGAGAAAAUCCGCGCGGGUCCCCGCAGCCGGCGGGGGGAGAUUGUGGUGCCUGGGGACGGGGAAGAAGGAGGGAGCAGGAGGGCGAGGAGGAGCGGAGAGAUAUGUUCAUGGCAGAGCAAUUUGCAUUAAAAACAGGGACGAGUGAUUAGGUGCCUAGGCAGGGAAUUCAGCCUGCACAAAAAUUAAAGGACGCAUCCGGCAGCUCAGGGGUACACCAGGUGAAUUGUGUAUUCGGCUUUCUUUGGAGAUCCGUUUUGUUGUUUGUUGUUGUUGUUGUUUUCUUUCUUUCUUUUUUUUUUGAGACAGCAGUAAGAAUACAGCCGUGUUCUGCUGGCUCUGCUUCCAUUGGAGCUGAGUGUUGUGCGAGGAGUGCGGUGCCAGCCGUAUUUCAUACAUUACUAUAUAAUUCUCGUUAAUUAGCAAUAAUUUACAUUAAGAGCAUAGAAAAUGUUGAGGUUACAGGUUUUAUAUCUGUACAUUUGAUCAUCUUGUUAUUUUCAAGAACUUUGCCUCCUAUAAAAUUAAUUAGGUGAAAUGUGGAGGUGUAAUCAGCAACCUCUGAAUUACCACUUCAUUUCCUGGGUUUGAUUGUAAAUCAGCCCCGGCAGAGCAGACUUUAGCAAAGUCUAUUGUUGUUUAGCACUACUUUCAACUGUCUGGUGUCUCAGCACAAUGUUCCCUUCCCCUGCUAAAUAACACUGACGGCGUCAGAAAUAAAUCAGGCCGAGGGAAAACCUUGUAAUUGAGGAAUGACUGUGCAGAGCUCCUUGCUGAGCGAGCUGCGGAGGGAACGCUGUUUAUUUUGUGUGUUUCGCUGUCCAGUUGGUGAGGUAGAAGUUGGAUUUACAGCUCGGCCCCAAUACCUUUGUCUGCUGUGUGCAGCGAGCUACAGGAGGAAUUAGUCCUGCGCUGCUUUGCUCCCUCUGUCCGAAGACGAGGGAUGGCUGGGGAGAAAAAUGGCACGCAGCAAUCCUGCAGCCCAUCCCGCUGCCCUCGGGUGCCAGGAAUGCAGCCGCUUGCUCUGCGCGUGGGGAAGGAAAGCAGCUGAACCUCUUGAAGCCAUUCUCACCGAUGAUGAACCUGACCAUAGCACGUUGGGAGCUCCAGAAGGGGACCAUGACCUCCUCACCUGUGGCCAGUGUCAGAUGAACUUCCCGUUGGGGGACAUUCUUAUUUUUAUUGAGCACAAACGGAAACAAUGCAAUGGCAGUCUCUGCUUAGAGAAGGCUGUGGAUAAGCCACCCUCACCCUCACCAAGCGAGCUGAAAAAAGCAUCCAAUCCCGUGGAGGUUGGCAUCCAAGUUACGCCAGAGGAUGAUGAUUGUUUGUCAACGUCAUCGAGAGGAAUUUGCCCAAAACAGGAACACAUAGCAGGUAAAGAAGAGCCCAGCAGCUACACGUGCACGACCUGUAAACAACCUUUCAACAGCGCCUGGUUCCUCUUGCAGCACGCACAGAACACACACGGCUUACGGAUCUACCUAGAAAGCGAGCAUGGCAGCCCCCUGACACCACGGGUUGGUAUCCCAUCAGGACUAGGUGCAGAGUGCCCUUCCCAGCCACCUCUCCAUGGGAUUCACAUUGCAGACAAUAACCCUUUUAACCUGCUCAGAAUACCUGGCUCUGUCUCGAGAGAGGCGUCAGGGCUGGGAGAAGGGCGAUUCCCACCCACGCCGCCCCUCUUUAGCCCUCCCCCGAGGCACCAUUUGGAUCCGCAUCGCAUAGAGCGCCUGGGUGCCGAAGAAAUGGCUCUGGCCACCCAUCACCCUAGUGCCUUUGACAGGGUGCUGCGACUGAACCCCAUGGCAAUGGAGCCCCCUGCUAUGGAUUUCUCCCGGCGGCUGCGGGAGCUGGCCGGCAACACCUCCAGUCCGCCCCUGUCCCCGAGCCGGCCCAGCCCUAUGCAAAGGCUGCUGCAGCCCUUCCAGCCUGGCAGCAAACCCCCGUUCUUGGCCACACCACCUCUUCCUCCUCUGCAGUCCGCUCCUCCUCCCUCCCAGCCACCCAUGAAGUCCAAGUCCUGCGAGUUCUGUGGGAAGACCUUCAAGUUCCAGAGCAACUUGGUGGUCCACCGCAGGAGCCACACUGGGGAGAAACCCUACAAGUGCAACCUGUGCGACCAUGCCUGCACUCAGGCCAGCAAACUGAAGCGCCACAUGAAGACACACAUGCACAAGUCAUCACCCAUGACAGUGAAGUCUGAUGAUGGGCUCUCCACUGCCAGCUCCCCUGAGCCCGGCACCAGCGACCUGGUUGGCAGUGCCAGCAGUGCCCUCAAGUCAGUGGUGGCCAAGUUCAAGAGUGAGAAUGACCCCAACAUGAUCCCCGAGAAUGGAGAUGAGGAGGAAGAGGAAGAGGAGGAGGAGGAGGAGGAAGAGGAGGAGGAAGAAGAGGAGGACUUGACCGAGAAUGAGAGGCCAGAUUAUGGCUUUGGGAUGAACCUGGAGGCGGCCCACCACCACGAGAACAACUCGCGGGCCGGAGAGGAGAGCCGGUCGAUGCCAGAUGUCAUGCAAGGUAUGGUUCUCAGCUCCAUGCAGCACUUCAGCGAGGCCUUCCACCAGGUGCUGGGGGAGAAGCACAAACGGGGCCACCUCUCCGAGGCCGAGGUACACAGGGACACUUGCGAUGAAGACUCGGUGGCUGGUGAGUCCGACCGCAUUGACGACGGGGCGGUCAACGGCCGGGGCUGCUCCCCUGGGGAGUCUGCCUCAGGCGGCCUGUCCAAAAAGCUGCUGCUAGGUAGUCCCAGCUCCCUGAGCCCCUUCUCCAAACGCAUCAAGCUGGAGAAGGAGUUCGACCUACCCACCGCCGCCAUGCCCAACACCGAAAAUGUGUACUCGCAGUGGCUGGCUGGCUACGCUGCCUCGCGGCAGCUGAAGGACCCCUUCCUCAGCUUCGGUGACUCCCGACAAUCGCCCUUCGCCUCCUCCUCUGAGCACUCAUCAGAGAAUGGCAGCCUGCGCUUCUCCACGCCGCCGGGAGAGCUGGAUGGUGGCAUCUCGGGCCGAAGCGGCACGGGAAGUGGAGGGAGCACCCCGCAUAUUAGUGGCCCGGGCCCUGGCAGGCCCAGCUCAAAAGAGGGCAGACGCAGCGACACUUGUGAGUACUGUGGGAAAGUCUUCAAGAACUGUAGUAAUCUCACUGUCCACAGACGGAGCCACACGGGCGAGCGGCCCUAUAAGUGUGAGCUUUGCAACUACGCCUGCGCCCAGAGUAGCAAGCUCACUCGGCACAUGAAAACACAUGGUCAGGUGGGAAAGGACGUUUACAAAUGCGAGAUUUGUAAGAUGCCUUUUAGCGUGUACAGUACCCUGGAGAAACACAUGAAAAAAUGGCACAGUGAUCGAGUCUUGAAUAAUGAGAUAAAAACUGAAUAGAGGUAUAUUAAUACUCCCCGUCCCUGCCCCGGCUCCCUGUAGAGGUUUUUUAGUCCCUUGUGAUUAAACUAAUGGAAGCUAAGGAAAUUUGGAAAGUGCUUGUCACCAGCACACCUGUUUAUUUUCUUUUUGUUCUCACCGUUUGAAUGCAUGAUCUGUAUCGGGGCAAUACUAUUGCAUUUUACGCAAACUUUGAGCCUUUCUCUUGUGCAAUAAUUUACAUGUUGUGUAUGUUUUUGUUUUUGUUUUAUUUUUUAUUUUGAAUUAGACAGCAUGUAUGGUAUGUUAUGGCUAUUUUUUAAAUUGUCCCUGAUUAGUUGCUGAGCAAACAUGUCGCUGUUUCCAGUUCCGUUUGGGAAAAAAAAAAAAAAGAAAAAAAAAAAAAAGAAAAAAAAGAAAAAAAAAGAGGAAAAGAGAAAAUCGAAACAAAACAAAAACAAGAGCAAACAGAACCGACCAUGCUGCAUACAUCCUGUAAUACAUAUCAUGUACAGUUUUGUUUUGUGACGUGUGAAGGAAUGCGCGCUCUGGGUAACCUUCUGCGGACAGGACCGAUAGCACUGAAGAGGCGUCAUGUUAGCUAGAUUUCUGUCUUAAAAGAAUAAACGUGUUGAUUGGACAGAGUACCGCUUAGGAACAGGCCUUUACUUGAAGCCCAGCCCUCCGCCACCGGUAACUGAGAGGUAAAUUCCUAUUCUCAUUUGGUUUAAAACACAAAAUCUGAGUGCCUUGGAUCUCUUGCGAGCGAUGCUGACGACUCCUUUCUGCUCCCUCUGCACUCGUAGCUCAUCUCGGCGCUGAGCCCGCGUGAGGAGCGAGGACGUGGGGACGUGGGGACGUAUGAGGAGGAGCAGCCCCAGCCCCAGUCCCAGCCCCAGCCCCAGCCCUGACGGCGGCAGCCCCCCUCUGCCUGCUCUCUCCCAGUCCCGACCCUUCGUGCUGGUAGAGACUGCCUCGCUCCCGGAGCGUGCAAAGAGAUAGGAGCUCCCUGCCCCACUCUUGUACCCCCCCCAUACUGAUGGUUAAAUAGAAUGUGAAAUGCGCAGAGCCCUCCACCGUGGUUAAACACACAAGUAAGGAAAUUCGUUUUAUGAAGAUAUUUACUUUUAAUAAUAUCUUUUAUUGAUUCUGGCACAAAAACAAAUAAAUCCCGAGCCACUUGGUUGUCAAGAUGACAAUUGAAUUAUAAACUUUAAGACCUCAUGUACCAUGUAAAAAAAAAAAUAAAGAAGACUGGCAAUAAUACUUCACCGAGUGUAACAGAUAGAGGAGUGGAAAAUAAUUGUGAUUUAUCAGCACAACGUGGUACUGUUUGCCAUAUAAACUAGAGCAGGUGUAUAAGCUAAUAUUGAUAUGACCGUGAUUAACUAUGAACUAUUAAGUCUUGCCUAUAAUGUGACGCUCUGGAGAAGUAACGGAGAAUUAAAAAAAAGAGAGAGAGAAAAGAUAAAGAAUAGCAGUGUAUGUCUGUGCUCCCUAAAGUUGUACUUCAUUUUUUUUCAUGCUCUUUGUGCUCUUUGUGUUGACAUGGAAGAGGAUUCGUUGUGUUCUCACUAAGCUAGCACCUGCCCCGUUGGUAUUCAGAUAGCACUUGACUCUGCCUGUGAUGGCUGUAUCUUUCCUCUAAUCGAAGGUACAGAGGUUGAGUAUAAAAUAAGACUGCUCAGAUAGGACAAUUAAAUGCACUGUACAAUUUUCCCAGUUUACAGGUCUAUACUUAAAGGGAAAAGUUGCAAGAAUGCUGAAAAAAAAAAAAAAAGAAAGAAAAU